UGUUGGAGCUGGAUAACGUGGAAGCGAAUAUGCCUUGCUCAGGUAUUUCUUCAAUCUCAAACGCUACAAGAGAGAUGCAGAUUUGUGAUGCAAAAACUGGAUGAUCUGGCCUACUCUCAGUGGACUACGCAUGACAAGUUCUGGAGUCCCAAACCGCAUGGGAUUCCGGCGAAACUUGUAUUGCGAAAAAGUGAAACAUUCUGUGUGUCUGUCAUGCUGCUCAUGCAAGACAAAUAGCAAAAUACAGAAAGAUUCUAUUCGUUGUAACAGCACUUUAGAUUGUAGCACUUGAGCAGGUCAUAGCGAACUCGGCGGUAUUCGAGGUCGUGGAUUUGCUGCGAUCGUUUAUGUUGGAAAAUGGAAAACGAAAAAGCAGUUUUAAGAAGCACAGUUUAUUGCAUUUACUAGCAACGAAGACGAGCUUGUCUUUGUCAUGCCCGUUUCACACGCCCACGCCCUAUUGUGUCGUCUACCAUUCGAUUUGGGGACCUGCCCGGAUCGUCGUUUCUUUCAGGUCUGUGUCGUGCGCAGAAUUCUGUUUAAAUGCAUCAUGGGGGACCAUUUCAUUCCUGGGUGUUUGAGGUCACUCGCCAUUUUGACCACCCGAUGGGGGCCUCACACGUGGCGGGGAGGCGAUUUUUUUUUUCGAUGCGUUUUGCAGUAUCCGGGCCUGGCGAAUUUGCGAAUUUUCAUAAAAAGCGCCUUUUUAGGUUAGACGCAGCACGCGGGCUAAACGCUAAACGGUCAACAUAUUUUGUAGAGUACGAUUGGGUGGACGUGGAGGUGGACGUGGUCGAGAUGAACUGUUAAGAUGAAGUCUCGUGUAUGCAUGCAGCUGCAACUCCUAGGAAACUGCUUUUCCAACUUUUUCCUACUCCUAGUUCAUAACCUGGCUGGACGGUCUUUCAGUUGAACAAGAAAUGAUUUGUUGUGAAGGGAAUUUUGUCAUCGAUUCCGAAACGUGGGAGCCUCAGGGGAGUAUCCACAGUGCAGUGCUAUGUUUGGGUCGGGAAACUGAACUUGUGACGCUGAGUCGUGGACGAGUCAGACACAUCAUUCCAGUGCAGCACUACCCAGAUUGUAAGUAUGACCCGUUCUUUCGCUCUGUAGCUGCCCUCAAUCUACUCAUAUGUGGUAGCCCGCAUUGCAAAAUGAAACUUCUCUACUUUUCUCUUGGCAUGCACAAUAAAGGCGGCGCCGCUUUUUCUGGCUGGGCAAAUAUACAGACUCUACGGAAAUGCAACACCAGCAUCAUAAGUUCAACUUCUAUUCCCGAGGACUCAGGGGCAUUUGCAAUGCAUAGGGGAAAUACGGAGCAAACUGCUGGAGAUGGACCGUGACGGAAUUACCGGACAGUGGAUCGUAUCACCUGCAAACAAAAUGUCCCCACAGCUUUGCUCACCUUGAAAAAGAGUGCUAACAGAUACUCGCUAUAUCUUGCCGGUCGAAAAAAGCUAGUUUUUCAGCUUCAGGAAGUGCAUCGAGCACUUCUUGAAAAAUAGUUACUCAUCCUGUUUGCGCUUCAGGAAGUGGGCAACUUUUUGAAUUUUCCAGAUCGGCAAGAAAAAACCGAUCUGGAAAAAUAGUUACUAAUCCUGUUUGCGCUUCAGGAAGUGGGCCACUUUUUGAAUUUUCCAGAUCGGCAAGAUAAAACCGAUCUGGAAAAAUAGUUACUCAUCCUGUUUGCGCUUCAGGAAGUGGGCAACUUUUUGAAUUUUCCAGAUCGGCAAGAAAAAACCGAUCUGGAAAAAUAGUUACUAAUCCUGUUUGCGCUUCAGGAAGUGGGCCACUUUUUGAAUUUUCCAGAUCGGCAAGAUAAAACCGAUCUGGAAAAAUAGUUACUCAUCCUGUUUGCGCUUCAGGAAGUGGGCAACUUUUUGAAUUUUCCAGAUCGGCGAGAAAAAACCGAUCUGGAAAAAUAGUUACUCAUCCUGUUUGCGCUUCAGGAAGUAGGCAACUUUUUGAAUUUUCCAGAUCGGCAAGAAAAAACCGCUCUGGAAAAAGAGUUACUCAUCCUGUUUGCGCUUCAGGAAGUGGGCAACUUUUUGAAUUUUCCAGAUCGGCAAGAAAAAACCGAUCUGGAAAAAUAGUUACUCAUCCUGUUUGCGCUUCAGGAAGUAGGCAACUUUUUGAAUUUUCCAGAUCGGCAAGAAAAAACCGCUCUGGAAAAAGAGUUACUCAUCCUGUUUGCGCUUCAGGAAGUGGGCAACUUUUUGAAUUUUCCAGAUCGGCAAGAAAAAACCGAUCUGGAAAAAUAGUUACUCAUCCUGUUUGCGCUUCAGGAAGUCGGCAACUUUUUGAAUUUUCCAGAUCGGCAAGAAAAAACCGCUCUGGAAAAAGAGUUACUCAUCCUGUUUGCGCUUCAGGAAGUGGGCAACUUUUUGAAUUUUCCAGAUCGGCAAGAAAAAACCGAUCUGGAAAAAUAGUUACUCAUCCUGUUUGCGCUUCAGGAAGUCGAUCACUUUUUAGAUUGUUUCGACGCCUUCGUCCCCUUGCAUCCCAAGUUUUCUCUUUGCGAGUUAACAAGGUUGUGGGGACCACAGUUUCCCCCCUCGAUAUCUCAACCCGCGCAUCAUCUGCGACGCCAUGAACAACAACCUGAAACUUUUGAAGCGCCUGAACACUAUCCUGCAAUCCUUGAACCGCGGCAGCUUAGUCCAGGCAGCCGAACGGAUCGGGGCCCACGCGCGGGCUCUCCUGUACCUGGAGCAGGGCGUAUGAGAGUGCACCUCUCCAUCUCCCCCUCAUUUGUCAUGCAAAAUACAAAAUCUAUCCUUUGCCUCUUGGCACUCUUCGCAUGACAAGUUCCGGAAGCUCAAGCAGCAGUACAAUCCCGGGUGACUUUGUCAUGCAAAACCUGCAUUCUUGCCGACGCUUGUAUUGCUGUUUGAGCAACAUCACAAAUGAAGGGGAGGGGGAGUAGUGCACUCUCACAGGGCGUCUUCGAGCGCAUGCUCCCGGAAAACGACGAUCUGGUCGCGGCUUCGCAAGGCGGGGCCUUAUCAAAUGUAAAAAUGUCUGGGUCUGCAAGAAUCCGAAAUUUGUUAUGGUGUUUUUGCAUGACACAGAAUGUCUGUCAUGGAAGCCCUAGCAUCACAGAUCUUUAGAGGCCUUCCUGAUACCUAUUCCGCAUGACAAAUGCCCUCCACGCGUAGCACAAACCGGACUCCUUUUGCUGGUCAUGCAAUACAGAAUUUUUUAGAGUCCAAACUUAGCAUCACAAGAAGGGCUUCGUCGAUCGAUUGUGCCACUAGGGCCUUGUGUUCCGGCUACUCCGGAUCGCAAUCGAUGGAGGGCGGGACCUGCACCGGCGACAGGCGCUAUCCAACCAACCAACCAAGAAGUUCCAACCUUCCAGACCCAGACAUUUUUGCAAUCCAUAGGCCUACAGCCAGGACAACUACACGCAAAGCCGGUCCGCCAAGAAGUAUCCCACGAAAAAACUGUUUCACUGUGGUGAUUUUGCAAAAUCUGCAUCACAAGUUUGUUACGCAUGACACUGAAAAUCUGUCAUGCGGGGUUCCUAAGGGAAAACACAGCUAGAAAUCCAUUGGCGUGCAUGUGUAGCAUGACACACACGUCUGCGAUCCAUUUUCUGCAUCACAAGUUCACAGUGAAACAGUUUUUUCUUGCGAUAAGAAGGAACGGCAAAAGUUAUGGUCAAAAGCUUCCGCAGCGGCGGCGAAGAUUUUGCCGAAUCAGGGCGGCUAUGCAUUGCAAAUAUGUCUGGGUCUGGAGGAUUCUGAGACGUGUCAUGCGCGUUUUGCAUGAGCCAUGAUGUCUGUGAUGCCUGCCCUAGCAUUACAGAUUUUUUGAGGGCUUCUUGAUGCCUACUCCGCAUGACAAAUGCCCACCUCUCCGCGUAGCAACAAUUACAUUGCCUUUGUUGCUCAUGCAAUCCAGAGUUUUUUGGAAUCCAAACCAAGCAUCACAAGUUGCAUUCUUCCAGACCCAGACAAAUUUGCAUUUGAUACCGGCGCGAGUUCGCCGGACGAUUUUUACGACAACGCCGCGGGAGCCGCAGACAAACCGGCGCUGGACGAUAAGGAGGAAAAGUACCUGAAAAAAUUCGCCGAC